GCGACCCUUCCGAGCGGGGGCGGCCAGAGCCCAGCUCUUUCUCGGGCUGCACCGGUCCUGAGGAAGGGCGAGCCUCGCUCCGCGGUGGGAAGGACCGCUGCCAGCUCCGCACCCCCGGGGCGGGACAGAGCAUCCCACCAAAGGAGCGCGACAAGGAAAGGAGGAAAAAGGGGAGCCCCCUCCCCAUCUGGCCUCGCGAAUGUUCCUAUGUCAACAGCACGGAAGCCACUGUAUUCAUUGGUUCUGCUGUUCCAGCAUUAAAAAUUACAAAGCAGCCCAACACAUUGUCACCCAGGAGUGUAAACCAAGAUUGAGUUUCCAAGUCUGGGGCAUCUUCUCUGAUUUUCAUUCUCUGCUGUUGUACAAAAGAUGUCAAAAAACACAACAGAGAACUCAAAUUACACUCACAUAGUUCUUCUAGGUUUUUUCCUGGCUAGCAUUUCACUGGUCACUGUUGUCAUGAAUGUAUUAGUAUUAUGUGCUGUGAAAACUGAGAAGAAGCUGCAAACAGUUGGCAACUUAUACAUUGUUAGCCUCUCUAUUGCAGAUCUUAUCGUUGGUGCAGCUGUUAUGCCCCUUAAUAUUGUUUAUCUCCUAAACCAUGUGUGGACUCUGGGCUUAACAGCAUGUUUGUUCUGGCUGUCAAUGGAUUAUGUGGCCAGUACUGCAUCUAUUUUCAGUCUCUUCAUACUAUGCUUAGACCGUUACCAUUCCAUUCAACACCCCCUGAAAUAUCUCCAGUAUAGAACAAAAAUGAGAGCAUCACUGGUGAUUUUGGGAGCUUGGUUGCUCUCUUCCUUAUGGAUCAUCCCAAUCCUAUGGUGGCGUGAUUCUGCCAAUAAUGAGAAAAGGAAAGGAAAAACAAACUGCGAAACUGAGUUCUCUCAUGUCACUUGGUUCAAAGUGUUGACAGCCAUUGUCAAUUUCUAUCUGCCCUCUAUCAUAAUGUUGUGGCUCUACUGUAAAAUAUUCAGAGCUGUUCGAAAACACUGCCAACAGAGAGAAGUCGUCAAUGGAUCAUACUGCUCUUUCUCUGAAAACAAAAAUGUAAUUCAUAAUAAGGCAAAGGCCAAGCAAAGUAUUUGCCUCCAAAAGCAAAGCUUACAUGAAAACACAACUCAUAAAGAUAAACAGAUGUCGUCUGAGUGCAGAAGUAUGGCAGCAAAACCGCUUUUCAGUAAGGCUGACAAGUCUUCAAAGGCUUUUGUUAGCAGCAGUAACAGCAAAGCCUUUAAAUCCAGUUGUUUGCCUCUCACCACUGCCCAGUCUGAGCCGGAUCUGGAUAAAGCAGGAAAGAAGAGUAUGUGUGUAGAAAAGGACAAUAAACAUGAAGAGGACCCUCACUCACAGGACAGCGACGUAAGUGCUGCAUCAGACAGCGAUACUUUCACAGACAAUGUGCCUUCUGGAGAGCAGCCCAAUCCUAAUUCUGAUAGAGCCUGCAUUCCUCAGGAAAAUACAGAGAACAGGGAUUUCAGAGGACUGACUUACCUGAGGAAAACCUGGCAAAUCCUACAUACUCAUUCCAGAAUACAUCUUCGAAGACAGCACGUGAACAGGGAGUGGAAAGCAGCUAAGCAGUUAGGGGUCAUAAUGGCAGCCUUUAUGCUGUGCUGGAUUCCCUAUUUUGUGUUAUACAUGGUAACUGUUUUCCAACACCGUGAACAGUUUUACAAAUUACAUAUGUUCACUAUAUGGCUCGGCUAUGUGAAUUCCACCUUAAAUCCAUUCCUGUAUCCUCUUUGUAAUGAAAAUUUCAAGAAGACAUUCAAAAAGAUCCUUCACAUUCAGUAAUAUCA